AUGGACUCUCCCUUUGAGAAACAUGGCUUCGACGAGUCAGCAUUUGGAGACAAGGGCUUGUCGGGGCUGAGGACAUUUGAUGCAUUUCCCAAAACCAAACCAAAUUACACCUCUGCCACCGCCCGCGGCGGCCAAUGGACCCUCGCCAUUAUAAUCUUAUGUCUGUGUCUAACAGCCUCCGAGCUUCGCACAUGGUGGGCCGGGACCGAAACCCACCAUUUCAGCGUUGAGCGCGGCGUGGGUCAUGAACUCCAAUUGAACUUGGACAUCGUGGUGGCGAUGCCUUGUCGCGAUUUACACAUCAAUGUUCAGGAUGCGGCGAUGGAUCGGAUCAUGGCAGGCGACUUGUUAAAGAAAGAGGACACGAAUUUUGAACUCUGGCUCGACCCGAGAAAGCUGUUUCGGCUUAGAAAGAUGCAGCAGGGCAUAUACCACGGUCUGCACGAGGGCGACAGGAAGAGGAAGAAGGCCGAAGAAGAAGAUUCCCACGUGGGCCACGUCUUGGGGCACAUGCGCGAGAACAAGGGCCGCAAGUUUGCGCGGUCGCCAAAACUCCAAAGACACAUGCCGGUUAACAGCUGCCGCAUCUACGGGUCCCUCGAGGGCAACAAAGUGCAAGGCGACUUCCACAUCACCGCGCGAGGACAUGGGUACAUGGAAUUCGGCAUGCAACAGCAUCUGGAGCACAACCGGUUCAACUUCUCGCACCAUAUCAACGAGCUCAGCUUCGGUCCCCACUACCCCAACCUGUUGAAUCCGCUGGAUAAAACGAGCGACACGACGGAGGCGCACUUCAUGCGCUACCAAUACUACCUCUCGAUCGUGCCCACGAUCUUCACCAAACGCAGAGUCGCCACGAAGAGUGGCAGUCUGGACCCCGCGGCGCUUCCGCAGCCUCCGACACUGGACAUGACGCCGAAGACGCAGCGCGACAAGGACGGAAUCAUCCACCACGUGCCGCACCCGGAGCAAGGCAGGGACACGAAAUCGAUCUUCACGAAUCAGUACGCCGCGCAGUCGCAGUCCCGCGAAGUCCCUACGUCUACGGUGCCGGGUAUCUUCUUCAAGUAUGACAUCGAGCCCAUCCUGCUCAUCGUCAGCGAGAGCAGGGCAAGCCUGCUCGGCCUGCUAGUCAGAUUGGUGAAUGUAAUCAGCGGCGUGCUCGUGGGCGGCGGCUGGAUGUUCCAGCUGACCGAGUGGGCCGGCGAGGUCUGGGGCCGCAGGAGGAUGAGGAGGAGUACCACGGGGCUCGGCGUGCUAGACGGUUUCAAACCCAACGGCGACGCGAACGGGGGUCUGAAGCAUUGA